AUGCUCAAAACACUUCUUGUUCUGGCCCUUCCAGCCUUGGCUCUAGCCGACGAUGCCUUCUCUGUUCUCAAGCGCCAGCUGGUCAGGAUUCCGUGUAGUGAGUCGGGUCUCAAGGAUUGUGGCGACAUCUGCAUCCCCUUGACCUAUACCUGCUGCCCAGGCCAGCAGGGCGGCUGCCCCUUGACUUCCAGGUGCUGGCUCGGCAACAACGGCCAGUAUGCUUGCUGCCCGAUUGGCCAGAUCUGCGACGGCCCCGGCGGCGUCAACACGCUACCCGGCGAGACAGUGACGUCCACCAUUGUCUUCACGGAGUCGGUUUCGGACGAGCAGACUUCCACGUCCUUCUUCGCCGAGACCUCCACCGCAACUUUUACCCUUACUUCCGAGAUCGAGAGCACCUCGACAGGAACUUCUCUCCUGGCAGAGCCGACCACCUCUCUUCCGGCACCACCGGUAGUUCCCAAUACACCGACGACGACUGCUGUGCUCCCGACAAUCAUCGUGAACAAUACUUCGACCCGGCCGCCUCCGGUCACAGUCAACGGAGCGAACACUCGUGGUGGCUCAUUCCUUCAGGUCAUCGCUGCUGGUGCCGUAGCCUUGCUUGCACUUUGA